GUCCAGUAAUGAAAUUGGCGGGAGAGUUCCUGGACGACCUCAAUGAUACAUAUAAGCAGGUAAAGGGCCAGAUUAUAGAAGUCGAAUACCUGACGAAGAGGAUAUACCGGUUUACUUAUACCUUGGGUGCGAUACUUGGAGAGCAUGAAGGGUCGCAGAAACCCUACAAGACAGCAUCCAGUCGCAACCCGGCGUUCAGCAGGGCGUUCAAUGAAAAUCUCGAAGAAACCCUACGGGGUUAUACCUUGUACGUCUUGGAGUAUCGGCUUCUGUCGUGGCGUUUACUUCUCAUUCUUGCGCAGGAUGACGGUGGCGCUUGUUGAAGGUCUUAAAACGUCAGUCAACCUUGGUGUAUGGAAGAACCGAAAUGGUAUCCAAGCUCAGUUGUAUUUUACUCGAGAAGAGUGGGGAGUCAUCAAAGCCUGUAUCAAGGUGAUUUUGGCCUAUGUCCGUUCGGAUACAUCCACAGGACUUAUUUUAAAUGAGCUCCAAAGGCCACGAAUGCCACGGCUUACAUAUCCUACCCGAGUGUUUUUGCGUUCACAGAGUUCACAGACCGCAGAAAAUGCCAUCGAGGAUGAGGCCUUCCUUCGAGGCAAGAUUGUGCCAUUAUGGCUUGCGUGUGGGACUAGGGUGGGAGAUGUUGCACUACUUAAGAAUGAUGGCACGAUCGAGCACAUUACGGACAUAUUUUCACGUUGGCUGUCGACAGGACCUUCGACAAGUUCCUUUAAUAUCAAUAUUCGAAAUUCUCAGGGGUGGGUGACUGAUAUUCCCACCGAGAAUUACUCGGUCAGUAUUUCUCGGCCAAGAUUUGCAAUGGCAGGAGACGCUGUACUCGACCUCGCUCACGAAUGGCUGAGAAAUCAUGGAGAGUCGGUGUUAAAACACUGCAGUGGUGUCGAUAGGGAACCUCUAAUAGUUGUGACUGGGACAGUUGAGGCAUCGGAGUUCAAUAUGAGCUUCCCGAAAGUCCCUAUUCCUAGUUUUAAGACGUUCUCAAGAAACUCCCGCGAGGAAAAGUCUGAGACGCUCCAAGUCGUUCUCAUCUCUGUCAUCGAAUACGAGGAUCAUGUCUCCCGCCGGAAAGAUGAGAAGCGCCCAUCGCGGGCAGGAGAUAUGUAAAGCUCAGAGUUAUUGCAUUUAGCUAGUAUCACAGACUAUUAUUCCUUCUUAUCCCAAACUUCUUUACUUUACUACAGCUCUCUGUCCAAUUCGUACGCCAACUUUCCCUAUAUUCAGUCUAUCCUUUUUCUAUGAAGUGGUGGACCAUCGCAGGGCGUGGUAUCGCCAUUAUCCUACACGGAAUAGAACUGACUUGGAUCCUAACAGGAGCUCGAGCUCAACUUCAUGGACGACGAAAACAAUGUCCGUAAUGUCUACUUCACCGCGCCCAAUAUGGUCACUUAGCCGGCAUACAGCCAGACAUUGAG